UUUUAAUCUCAUUCGUGGCUUACCACAACUGACCCUCUUCCUUUUCCUCCUUCACUCUAAUGGCGCUACCAAGCGCAGUCUCAUCUUCUUCCUUCAUCAAAUCUACGCCGCCGUAUCCCUCCGCCUUCAACCCUCAAUCUCUACAUCUCCCAGCUACUUACCGAAGCAGAAACCGUCGAAGCUGUAAGCUCAUCUCCUUCCGAUGCUCAUCGUCGUCGUUCUCCGAGAAACACCACAACGUGAACCCACCCAAAUCGGAUGACCUCGUCGAGCUCCCUCUCUUUCCACUACCUCUCGUCCUCUUCCCCGGCGCAACCAUCCCGCUCCAGAUCUUCGAGUACCGUUACCGCGUUAUGAUGCAAACGCUCCUCCAAUCCGACCUCCGAUUCGGCGUCGUCUACUCCGACGCCGUAUCAGGUUCCGCCGCCGGUAUCGGCUGCGUCGGAGAGAUCGUGAAGCACGAGCGGCUCGUCGACGAUCGCUUCUUCCUAAUCUGUAAAGGCCAGGAGCGAUUCCGCGUGACGGAUCUCGUCCGUACGAAGCCCUACCUCGUCGCGAAGGUGACGUGGCUGGAGGAUCGACCGUCCGGUGAGGAGAAUCUGGACGAAUUGGCUAACGAGGUUGAGGUUCUGAUGAAGGAAGUGAUCCGAUUGUCGAACAGAUUGAAUGGGAAACCAGAGAAAGAGGCGCAGGAUCUGAGGAAGAAUCAGUUCCCGACUCCGUUCUCGUUCUUCGUCGGAAGCACGUUCGAAGGAGCUCCAAUGGAGCAACAAGCGCUUCUGGAGCUUGAGGACACGGCGGCUAGGUUAAAGAGAGAGAGGGAGACGCUGAGGAAUACGCUCAAUUACUUGACCGCAGCUUCUGCAGUGAAAGAUGUCUUCCCAUCUCCAUAGCUAUAUCGGUACCUAGAUAUUUUCUGGUCUCUCUUCAGUGUUUUUCAGUUAUUGGGUACGCUAAAUUUGGUCAAUGUGUAAAGUUUUAUAAACGUAGGUUCUAGAUGGUGGAGAUGUUCACAUAGGAUCGUAUAGUUUGGAUUGAUCAAGAAACUGUGUUUUACUUGAUUGUCUCUAUGAUCAAAGAAUAGUCUGGUAAUGCAAGUAAGGUUCUUAAUACCAAAUCAUUGCUUCUCGA